UUCAUCAGUCUGUCUUCAGGUCUGGAGAAGGUUGCGUUGCUUCUCGCAACGUGUACAAAUAUGUGUUUGUGUGUGUAGGUUGCAUCAACAAUGAAUUCGGGGCCACAAGAUUCAAUUUGUUUUAUUUUGGAGGGAGUAGCUUCUGAUACCUCGAGCCUUUCUCCUGCCCUGUGUCUUCCAAAAGCAUUUUUUUUUUCUCAUGCAAGUCACUGCAGAUGUGCAGGUUGUGAAAAUGGCAGUGCCGUUUGUGGAAGACUGGGAUUUAGUGCAGACUCUUGGUGAAGGGGCUUAUGGAGAAGUUCAACUAGCUGUGAAUAGGCGCACCGAGGAAGCGGUUGCAGUGAAAAUGGUGGACAUAAAAUGUGCCGCUGAAUGUCCGGAUCAGAUCAGGAAGGAGAUCUGUAUCAACAAAAUGUUGAAUCAUGAGAACAUUGUGAAAUUCUUCGGGCAUCGUCGAGAAGGCACUAUUCAGUACCUCUUCCUUGAAUACUGCAGAGGGGGCGAGCUUUUUGACCGAAUAGAGCCUGAUAUCGGCAUGCCAGAAUCAGAAGCACAGAGACUUUUCCACCAGCUAAUUGCUGGCGUGGUCUAUCUCCAUAGCAUAGGAGUGACACAUCGGGAUAUUAAGCCAGAGAAUCUGCUACUUGAUGCAAGAGACAACCUCAAGAUCUCAGACUUUGGGCUCGCUACCGUAUUUAAAUACAAUGGCUGUGAGCGACUGCUGAACAGGAUAUGUGGCACGCUUCCAUACCUGGCCCCCGAAGUCCUGAAAAAGAAAGAAUUUCACGCUGAGCCUGUUGAUGUUUGGUCAUGUGGAAUAGUGCUGACUGCAAUGUUAGCAGGAGAAUUGCCGUGGGACCAGGCUGCCGAUACUUGCCAAGAAUAUUGUGAUUGGAAAGAAAGAAAGACUUAUCUUUCCCCAUGGAAGAAGAUUGAUUCAUUGCCCCUCGCCUUUCUUCUCAAACUCUUAAAUGAAAACCCCUCAUCCAGGCUUACGAUUGCAGACAUUAAAAAAGACAGAUGGUAUACAAAACCUUUAAGGAAAGGCAUAAAGCGAUCCCGGGGCUCUUCUGGAGGAUCUUCUGAUUCACCAGGAGGUUUUUCUAAGCACAUUAGAUCAGAUAUGGAUUUCUCUCCCGUAAAAGAUGCACACAGUGAGGAAAAAAAGAUCUGUUCCAAUUCCCAGCCAGAACCAAGAACUGGGCUCUCCUUGUGGGACAGCAGCCCAGGCAAUAUCGAGAAAUUGGUGCAAGGGAUUAGCUUUUCUCAACCAGCCCGUCCUGAGCACAUGCUGCUGAACAGCCAGCUGUUAGGCACUCCAAGUUCAUCGCAGAACCCCUGGCAACGUCUCGUAAAGAGAAUGACCCGUUUCUUUUUGAAAUUGGAUGCUGACCAGUCUUACCAAAUCUUGAAGGAGGUUUGUGAAAAGAUGGGCUACGUCUGGAAGAAAGGUUGCACAAACCAGGUCACCAUAUCCACCAUGGACAGAAGAAACAACAAACUGAUUUUCAAAGCAAACUUGGUGGAAAUGGAUGAGAAAAUUCUUGUGGAUUUCCGAUUGUCAAAGGGUGAUGGUUUGGAAUUCAAAAGGCAUUUCCUGAAGAUCAAAGAGAAACUAAAUGAUGUUGUCAGCCCACAGAAGUUAUGGCUCCCAAUGACAUGAUUGCCUUCUGGUUGAAAAACAAGUGAAUUUGGCUGCAGUGUUUUCAGCCAUAGGACAGUUUAUGCUAAGGCAUACCCUGACUUCACACACUCAGCAUCCAUUCCUCUUGGCUCUGACAUGAUCAGCAACCAAUUGAGAAGUUAAUAUUGUGAUGGGACAUAAUUAUGUAUUUUUCGUAGGGUAACCGUCAUGAAAAUUUCCAGUGUCUUAGAUUUCAUAGGCUUUUAGCUUGCAUUCUACUUUAUACAGAUAAUUCAAAUGUUUUGGCACACCACCUUUUCUAAAUGGGAAUGUUUUCUUCUUUUUUCCAAAGCGUUGCACAAGAAUACAAACUGAAGUUUUACAAAGAGCAGAAGGAAAUUAAAUGAAAACCAGCACCAAGCUUUGUAUACUUGGGAGCUGGGUUGUUGAAUUUUCAAAAUGCAGCACAAACUCCAUAUCAGAAUACCUGGCUUAGCUUGAAAUUAUUUUUUGGUCAAGUUUUGCUGAAAAAAAAAAAGUGACGUAUUACUGUUCUUCAUUUUUGAAUUUUUUGCUUUGAAAGAAAGAAAACAUUGCAAAUGUGAUUAAUGUGAUUUGUUAAAAUAUUUUUCUAUGUCCAAAUAUCUCUUCCUUCCCAUAAAAACAUCUGUGUUGUUGAGCACUAAAAAUGUGGAAAGUGGAGGAAUGGGAUAAGAUUAGCAGUUUUUCCUGCAUCCUAUUACACUUAAUUUGUUAGGUGUUCCAGGCGUUUCAGGCUCUUGUUACCGCAUGUCUGAAUGCUGCUUGAUUGGACCAUUGUGGAUGCAGAGAAGAAUGGAGACAAAGGACACGAAUCUUUGUUCUCACCAUGGUGCUGACCAGUUCUGCUUACCCAUGUUCCAGCAAUGUCAUUUUUUAAAAAAAGAAAAUAAAGCAUAGAAUGAAAAUAUUUGUC